AACCCAGCUUCCGCGUCUUCAGGAUGGUGGCGACUCUGGGGAGCCUCGGUAUCAAGACGCGGACGUGCAGGAGGGCCGUGAGGGAGCUUCGGUCGUACGAGGAGGAGGUGGAGAAGGAGGCGGCCACGACCGCAGCCAUGAAGGAGAGAGGCGCCGAUCCCUACGAUCUCAAGCAGCAGGAGAAUGUUUUGGCAAGGAUGAUGAUCCCAGACUGUCAUAAGCGUCUUGAAGCCACACUGGCAGAACUGGAAGCAACUCUGGCCGAGUUGAAGGAGUCAGGAGAACAAGGUGUUGAGAUAGGAGAGGCGGAGAGCGCGAUCACAGAAGUUGAAACUGUAUUCGAGCAAUUCGAAGAUCAACUCACUAGUCAAGAGCGCCAGUGUGUUGAAGUUUUAGCAAGCAUCUUGAUAAAAUACUUGCCCUGACUUGUAACUGAUUACAUGAGAUGUUUUCAACCGUUGUUCGUACCUUAGAAACUCAUUCCAUGAGUUGUUUUCAUGUGAGUUGGUGUACCCAUUUUAUUCGGUGUUUGGUUGGUUGCAAUCUCAUUAUUACGCAGCUGAGAGCGGUUGACUCAGAAAUUUGUCUCGGAUG